UGAGACGGAGCGAAGAAAACGCCAACGCUCCGCGGCGAGCUGAAAAACGUCGCGUUUGCCGUUGACUUUUCCACACACAUGUUGGCCGUGCACAGUGGACUGGAACCGGGUGAAAAAUGUGCGGAUCGCUUUGAAAAUCCCAGGCGGACGCACAAAUGCUUCCACGAUUUCUGCGAAUUGCGAAUGCAGGCAAAGGUGCUAGUACACCGAGAAAAACUGAAAGAAAGUCUGGAAAAAAAUAUUAUUUAAUUUGAAAUUAAUCAUUGAUCUUCAAAAUGCUAGAAGUAAUAAAGCCCACUUAAUCGACUAUCUGAUGGUGGGACCAAAUAUUAUUUUAUAUUUUCCUAGCUCUCCGCAUAUAUACGAUUUAUACGGACAAGCGAACGGACAAACGGACAUGGAUGAACUCGAUAAUAACCGAUAAAAAUCCAGUAUGGAAAUAAGUAAACAUGUUCAUGUAAUUUGAAAAUAAUUACAAUUUAAACAAAGCAAAUAAUUAUUUUGUUAUUAACAUAUGUAUAAUUACAUUGUUAACUGGUGAAAUUGCUAAAUCUAUAGUAUUUUGAUAAUGUCAUCAAAUACAAUUAACAUAAAUAAAAAUGGGUUUUUAGUACCAUGUUGUCAAAGCUUGUUAGAAGUAUUCUCUGCGUCGCAGUUGUCGUUCUCGCCGUUGAUUUAAAUGAUGCCGUCGUCUUCAAGUUUACGAACUUCGCCUGUAUAAGUCGCAAUGAAUCCUGGUUUGUGUUCCAUAAUUGUCGUCUGAAGGCGGUCAGUCGUGAGAAGGUCUUACUCAACGUUAAUGGAACGGUUCUACAUCCGGCCAAGAACAUAAUAGUUCACGUCAAGAUGUUUAAAAAGGCCAGCGGAUAUAAGCCUUGGUUACUAGAUGUACAACUCGAUGCGUGUCGCUUUGUGCGGUCGAACUUCCAUCCGUUUGUGCGCAUUAUAUUCGAUCUCUUCAAAGAUUUCUCCAACGUAAACCACUCGUGCCCAUACGUUGGCCUGCAAGUCGUAAAGGAUUUCUAUCUCAGGCCCGAGAAAUUGAAGCUGCCAUUUCCGUCUGGAGACUAUCUGCUAUCUUUAAUAUGGAAAUUCGACAAAAGGCCACAGUUCGAUACCAACGUUUCUUUUGUUUAUGCAGAGGAUCUCAUAAACGCAUAAUCAUCGAAACUAGAGAUCGACUAACUGAUACCCUUUUGAAAUUGCAAGGGUAAAAUUUUAAAUAAAAUGAAAAAAAAUCAAACUAAUUGAGAGGGUGGUUAUUUGAAACUUUUUUGAAAUAUUUUCGAUGCACAAUUAUUAAAGUUUUAAAAACUAAUCCCUUAAAAA